AUGACGAAUGAAAAAAUUUUUAAUAUUUUUCCCCCGUAUCAUGCUGAUCAAAAGGAAAAAGGAAAAUUAUUUUAUAUAUCAUCUAAAUUUCUGUGUUUAUAUUUAUUUUUUCAUUGUAUUUUAUUAUGUUUGAAUUCUUUAGAGAAUAGCACCUUAGAAGUUGUUAAAAAUUGUAAUAUAUAUAAACGAAAUUUAGUUGAAGUAGAAAAAAAUAAUAAGGGGUCAAAAAGGAAAAAGAAUUUAAAACAUAAAAAAGAAUAUAUGGAUAAAAUCAAAGCUAAUGUAUAUGAUUUAAUUGUAAUGAAUAAAAUAGAGGGGAAUAGAUAUAGUACCAAUAAUGAUCUUGAGAAAAGUAAUAUGAAAAAUGAAAUUAAUAGUUCAAUAAGUAACAUAAAUUAUAAUGAUAUAUCAAAUAAGUUAACAAGACAGGAAUUAUUUGAUGUACUAGAUUCAUUUAAAGAAUGUCCACCCAGACAAGAUCUUCUUAAUUUGUGGGGACAUGCACUUGGAGUUAAUAAAGAAGGAUUAAAUGUUUUAUUUAAAAAAUUAUUGAAACAUUUUCUAAAAAAAUGUAUGAAUAUUAUAACAUUACAUAUUUAAAAUUUAUGAGAAAAUAA